AUGUCACCCCGGUGCUUCCUUGUGAGGAGACCUUUCCCAGACCCACCCUUGUUCGUGAAGAAAGACGGUGCUCAUGGUCUGCUCAAGCACCUGGAGUCUGGUGAGCAGACCCCCUCGGGAUCGGGGACCCCAUCACGGAGGAGGAGGAGGAGGAGGGAAGCACAGGCCUCAAAGGACUUGGGGAUGCCAGAGGAAUGCGAGUUGUCUUUCGACAGCAACAUCACAGCGUUUGCGCUGAAGGCCAAAGUCGUCUAUCCCAUCAACCAGAAAUUCCGGCCCCUUAUGCAGUACAAGGCUCCUCCGUGUGCCGUCUUCUUUUUCAGUGUAGACAUUAACUUGUGCGUCUACAGCCUUCACUUAAAGGACCUGCUGCGAUUGGACUCGGCGCUGAGGCAGGAAAAGCACAUGAUGUUCAUUCAGAUCUUAAAGAUGAGCCUCCUCGAACUUCUUCCCAAAAAGAAAUCUGAUGACGAAUUAUACCAGAAGAUUCUUUCGCAGCAAGAAAAGGACCUGGAGGAGCGGGAGAAGGAGCUGCAGAGCAAGCUGUCCGACACAGAGCAGCCGGCCCCUGGAGACUCCGAGUACCUCUCGCUGGCCGAGGUGGAGAGGAAGGAGCGGGAGUGUGCUGAGCAGCUCACCGAUAAUAUGGAAGCAUUCUGGAGGUGGCUGGAGAGCCUCCAGCGCUCCCUGGGGGACCAGGUCAAGUGCUCCAGCACCAGAGCCCGGCAGCUCGCCCAGACGCUGACCGACAGGAUGGCCGACACGGAGCACUUACUCCGCGAGUCCCAGGACGCCCAGGCUCUGGACACCCUGGAGAGGACUCUGGCUCGGGAGCAUAUGGCCCGAAUGCUUGAGUGCCUGAGGCAGCAGGUCCAGGAGGAGGUCAAGUGUCGCUUGGCCGCCAUCUCCGGUGGCCUGGAGCUGCUGACGGCAGAGGGCAGGCUGUCCAGGCAACAGAGGGAGGAGCUACUGACCCAACAGCACAAGGCCUUCUGGGAAGAAGCUGAGCGCUUCAGCCGCGAGUUUGUCCAGCGGGGCAAAGACCUCGUCAGGGCAUCGCUGGCCCACCAGGAGGCAGCGGUGGGCAGGCUGUCAUUGGCUGACAAUGAAGAGCGAAGAGGCUUUCUAGCAGAGGCCCAGCCAACUGCUGACCCCAAGGCUUUCCUCAAGGCAUUUCACAGGGUCCUGGAGAGGCAGAGGCUGACCCGGAGCCACCUGGAGGAAAUGGAGGACAUCAGGAUCACUGAGGCCAUGGUUGGGCUCUGCCAGGAACUGUACCAGAGCACCGUUGGAAUGUUCCAGAGGCUUGUGGAAGUCCUGUUCCUUCAGACGCUCCCAGGUGUGACCAGCCUCUCCCAGGCAGAGUGUGACUACUUGAGACAGGAGGUCCAGGAGAACACCACCCGGCACCUGGAGAAGUCGGACUGCUUCCGGAGACAGCAGUGGAAACUCUUCCAGGAUGCCCAGGAGCAAGAGAAGAAGCUGUGGAUGGAGGAGCAGGCCUUGUCCGCCGUCCUACAGACGCACCUGCAGGAAGACCACCAGAGCAUCAUCCACGGGGUCCUGGGCCGGCUCGGCGGCCUCAGUGAGGAGUCCACGCGGGGCGUUCUCCAGGGCCACGGCCUCCUCCUGCAGUCGGCACUCCGGAGGCUGGCCCUGCGCAGCUGCGCCAUCGCCACGCUGGCCCGGAUGCGGCUGUCUGGGAAGAAGAGCCUCUUCCUGGAGCUUCGGGAGCAGCACGCGCUGGAGCAGGGCUCCUCCCACUGCCUGGACGAGCACCAGUGGCAGCUGCUCAAAGCUCUGGAGGCCCGGGUCCAGGAGGAAGCCGGCCGGCUGGAGUAUGAGGCCCAGCAGAUGCGGCUGCAGCUGCACCAGCAGCUCCUGGCUGAGGCCCGGGAAUCCGGGCGGCUGCUGCAACAACACACAGAGCGAGCCCUCGGGCGGGUGCUGCUGGGACACGCUCGGAACUCGGCCACCAGGAGCCGAGCCCUAGAGAGAGAAGACUUCAAGGCGGCGUUACUAGAGGCAGCGGUGGAGAGUGUUUAUGUGACAGCUGCAGGCGCAAGCCGGCUGGUGCAGACGUACUACCAGCAGGUGGAGCAGGUGGUGCAGGACCACGAGGAGAAGAAGCUGCGGCAGCUGAGGGCCGUGCAAGGGCUGCAAGACCUUCUCGCAUGGGGCAGCUGGAUGUUGUCACAGCAGAAGAGGUUCCUGGCCCAGUUCUCCCAGCACCAGCACCUGCGCCUGGACACUGGGAAGCAGAGGGCCCGAGUCCUGGACCUUCUGGCAGGCCAGCUGGAGAGCCAGCUCCAGGAGGCAGAGCGGACCUUCAUCUCAGAGCUGGCCGCGCUGGCCCGCGUGCCCCUAACUGAGAGCAAAGCGGCCACCAGCAAGCGCGGGCUGCCGGAGAAGCCCCUGAGGACCAAACGGAAGAAGCCCCCUCCUCGGGAGAGAGGGGACCCCGGGGGGCCCAACGACGAAGACCCUGAUGCCAGGAGCCACUUGGCAGCACCGCCCAGCCUCAAGAGGGCAGAGUCAGACAGGCAGUGACGCUGGUGAUGCCAAAAUGGUCAAGAAGGGCCAGAAUCGCCUGGCCGGGCAGUGACCUGGGCAGAGUCUGAGAUCCUGAGAGGGGCUCUGCAGACCCCACCCCACACCUGCCCCUCAGCCUUGAGGAAGACUAUGGAGCCGGGAAGGGGGAGCUGGGCCAUCGGGUGAAGAAGAGGGUCUCCCCUGGGGUCUCGCAGGCUGCCCGGAGUCUGAUGGCCCCGUGCUUGGGGAAAUGAGGGGCCGAGCGUCGGGAAAUGCAUCUUUGCAGGUUUCUGGCCCGUGUUCCUGCCCCGGAACUAUUAAGCGCUCCGAUGCUGACCCAAAAGUCGGUGGUUCAAACCCCCAGCCACUCUGCAGAACAAAGACAAGACGUGUGCUCCUGUCACAGUUAGUUUGGGAAACCCGAGGGGGCCAUUCUGCUCUGUCAUGUGGAAUCACGAUGAAUUGGAAUGGGGGUCCAACCCUGGGACCCUACACUACGGGGACCCUCCCCCUGAGCUGUGCUGACGCCAGCACCAUGGGUGUGUGCCGGUUUCGGCCCUGGGUCCUCCACGAGGUGCCCUCACCCUUAGUCUUGGCCUCUGUCACCUGGCCACCCCACGCCCAUGCGCCACAGCCACCCACCAGUAGCGGAAACGUAUAGAGAGACGG